UUGUUUUGUAAGUAUGUGCAUUACUUUAAAGACUGGAAACUUGUUAGUAUCAUAUAAUUUUAUCAAAAUCAUGAGUGUUCGUCAGUCAAGUGACAUAGCAAAAUUCAGAGACACCUUAAAGUCUGCAAAAAACAUCGUUUUCUUAUCUGGAGCCGGAAUAAGUGCGGAGUCAGGUAUUCCUACGUUCAGAGGUGCCGGUGGGUUUUGGAGAAAGUACCAAGCGUCUGCGCUCGCCACUCCUGGGGCUUUCAAUAACAACCCCAGCUUGGUUUGGGAAUUUUAUCAUUACAGGAGAGAAGUCGCUGCUAAGUGUGAACCUAACCCCGGACACAAAGCGAUUGCUAAUUAUGAAAAGUUGUAUGGUCCAGAGAAAACCAUAACAGUCAUAACACAGAAUGUUGAUGGACUGCAUACCAAAGCUGGCACUAAAAACUUGAUAGAACUACAUGGAAAUCUAUACAAGACACGUUGCACUAAAUGCAAAGAAGUGUUAACGAACACUGACAAUCCAAUUUGUGAGGCUUUAGCAAAUAGAGGUGCACCAGAUGUUAAGGUAGUGGGCUCUGAUAUACCAGUAAAGGUACUACCGCAUUGUAAGAAACCAGGAUGUGGAGGCUUAUUAAGACCACAUAUAGUUUGGUUUGGAGAGAGUUUGGAGACUGAAGUGUUAAACAAAGCAGGUGCAUUUAAUUCCAUUUCUAGUAUAGUAUCUAUUAUGACAAUUAAAUUCUACAUCUUAUCUUAUUUGUUUACCCAGUUUAUAGUAAUUUCCAAAGAUAUGUUUUGAGUUUAAUGCAUUUAAAAUCUGGUUUGUAGAGGCUGCAAUGGAGAGCUGUGAUGUUUGCUUAGUAGUAGGCACAUCAUCUGUAGUGUACCCGGCAGCAAUGUUUGCACCGCAGGCAGCAGCCAGAGGAGCUAUAGUGGCUGAAUUCAAUCUGGAGACAACACCAGCUACUCCAGACUUCCAUUAUUACUUUGAAGGUCCUUGCGGGACUACUCUGCCUUUGGCUUUAAAUCAUUAGUUAAAAUGAUUAUUGUACUAUAUUUUUGUACAUAUAACUUAAGCAUUAAACAUUAAUUAUUAAGUAAAUGAUGUCGUU